CUACCUCUGAAAGCUGCACAGAAACGACCAGUUUAAGGCCAUAAUUUUCGUGUUUGGGGUGAACUGAAAUGAUUGAUAUGAUCGAGAAGGAGGACCCGGUCAUCAGCGAGGAGGAAGCGGCUCAGUACGACCGGCAGAUCCGACUGUGGGGGCUCGAUGCUCAGAAGAGGUUGCGAGGGUCCCGUGUGCUCCUGGCAGGUUUAGGUGGUCUUGGGGCAGAAGUGGCCAAGAACUUAAUCUUGGCUGGAGUUAAAGGACUCACCUUGCUGGAUUAUGAAAAGGUGUCGGAGGAUUCGUGUCGAGCUCAGUUCCUGGUACCAGUGACGGCUCAGGGUCAGAAUCGAGCCCAGGCCUCCCUGGAGAGAGCGCAGAACCUCAACCCAAUGGUCGAGGUCCACGCCGACACCGACAAAAUCGAGGACAAACCAGAUGAUUUCUUCCUGCAAUUCGAUGCGGUGUGCCUGACUGGCUGCUCCAGAGACCUGAUGGUGCGGGUCGACCAGCUCUGCUCUCAGCGCAACAUCAAGGUCUUCUGUGGGGACGUUUACGGUUACUAUGGUUACAUGUUCUGCAACCUCGGAAAGGAGUACAGCUACGUCGAGGAGAAACCUAAACUAGUGAAACCAGCUGGAGACUCCAACGACGGUCCAGAGGCAAAGAAAGCCAAAGUGGAUCCCAACGAGACCACCAUGGUGAAAAAGACGACCAGUUUCUGCACCCUGAAGGAGGCUCUGGAGGUUGACUGGUCAAGUGAGAAGGCCAAAGCUGGCCUGAAGCGAACACCUGUGGACUACUUCCUGCUUCAUGUCCUGUUGAAGUUCCGCACAGACAAAGGCCGCGACCCUGACCCACAAUCCUUUCCAGAAGACAGUCAGCUCCUGAGACAAAUCCGUGACGACGUCCUCGAGACCCUGGCAGUGAGCGCCGACCUCCUGAAUGAUGAUUUCAUCAGUUUCUGCUUCUCUGAGAUGUCUCCUGUGUGCGCCGUCGUGGGAGGAGUUUUAGGACAAGAAAUCGUCAAGGCGCUCUCCCAAAGAGACCCUCCACACCGGAACUUCUUCUUCUUUGACGCUCGUAAAGGCAAUGGCAUCGUCGACUACUUUGGACAAAACUGAACCCGUCAGUCUGCAGCUGUUACACACAGACACACAGACACACACACACACACACACACACACACACACAGAAGUCCAGCAAACUAUUGUCUCAUCUUUAGUUUGUUCUGUCAGAUUAUUUAUGUCAGUAAUUUCUCCACUAGUCUUACAAUUUUUCUUUUUUUUUUGUUAUUUGAUCCGGUUUGUCAU